UGGUGUUCCGCCGCCGUGGUUCGGCAUGCGGGCCGCCCUCCUCGGCUUCGCCCUGCUGUUCGGGGCGGCCACCCUGGGGCUCUACCUGAUGGCCGCGGCACUCAGGACCGCCACCGACAACACGUCACUCAGGUUUCCUUCAGAUCUGGAGGAGCUUCGCGAGCUUUCAGAGUUCCUGCGCCACUACAAGAGAGAACAUCACAGCUAUGUGCUUCUACUCUUCUGCAGUGCUUAUCUCUACAAACAGUGCUUUGCCAUUCCGGGGUCCAGCUUUCUGAACAUUUUAGCAGGAGCUUUGUUCGGGCCAUGGCUGGGACUCCUGCUGUGCUGUGUGCUGACCUCCGUGGGGGCUACCUUAUGCUUCCUGCUGUCCGGAGCUUUGGGGAAGCACUUCGUCAUCUCCUAUUUUCCCGAUAAAGUGGCCCUGCUGCAGAGGAAGGUGGAGGAAAAUAGAAACAGCUUAUUUUUCUUCUUGCUGUUUUUGAGACUCUUCCCCAUGACACCAAACUGGUUCUUGAACUUCGCUUCUCCGAUCGUGAACGUCCCCAUCGUUCAAUUCUUCUUCUCCGUUCUGAUUGGAUUAAUCCCCUACAACUUCAUCUGUGUACAGACCGGCUCCAUCCUCUCCACCAUCACCUCCCUGGAUGACAUUUUCUCCUGGGGUACGGUGUUGAAACUGCUGGCCAUCGCUGUGGCGGCCUUGAUACCUGGAACCGUCAUCAAAAAAUUCAGCCAGAAACGUCUGAACCUGGAUAGCCCGGGCAACACUCGACCGCUAAACUGCAAAAAAGUGACCUGACCGGGCUCCCGAAUUGAUCACGGCACUUAGCUCUUUCGUGCUAAGGAUUUGGUGCUCUCAAACCCAGUCGUCCUCUAAUCACUAAAAGAACCGGAAUCGGGAAAGCUCCUAGUGGGAAGGACCAACUGGAUUUUCCAAAGAGAGCGAAGGACGGAUCAUUCCAAGCCGCCGUGGUUUUAGCGUCGUCAUCCAUCUGUACAAAGCGAUAGGGCCUCCUGUGACCAUUAAUUGCUCCGAUCCCUCGCUAGUUCACUCCAGCCUCUAAAUAUUUCCCGGAAAAGCCAUGGCGUAUUUAUAAUGAGGAGGGAGAGACCUGGUGUUUCCCACGCCUCCGGACAGGCGAUGGUUGACCCUCCAGAGCAGCUCAUUCCCGCCCACUGAGACUCCCAGUAAAAUCUCAGGAGAAUGUUAACGGUGCCAGUGGAAAUGUCGGUGUAUCCGUAUCCCAGACGGAACACGAUUCGACCUCUCUUUUCCAGUGAGUGUUUUCUCAGUUGUGUCGACGACCUACCUCCAUGUAUCAAGGGAGAGUCUCGUGCUGUGUGUUGGUGGAGUUCGGUGAGCCGUCAUCCUGAAAACCCUUCGGGACUGAGUUAAAACCUCGAUUCAAGUCAGCUCCUGGCCGGUGCUUCAGGAUGCCGGGGGAUGAUCAGAGUAUAGUUUGGGGAAUGGUGGGAUGAGGAUGAAAAGGCUUCGACUUGCCUAAAUCCAAGUGACUGUUGAGGAAUUUUCUAAAAAAA